AUGUUCGCUGUCUCAGAGGUGGCAGCGGGCAGACCUUAUGGGUGCAGUGAGUGUGGCAAGAGCUUCCGCUACAGUUCAGUGCUGCUGCGGCAUGAGCGGGCCCACAGUGGUGACAGCAGCUUCCGCUGCCUAGAGUGUGGUGAGCGAUGCGCAGAGGCCUCAGACCUCCGUGCACAUAGACGCGCUCACGCGGGCCAGACGCUCUACAUCUGCAGUGAGUGUGGCCAGAGCUUCCGCCACAGCGGCCGCCUUGACCUGCACCAGAGCGUACAUAGACGGCGCAUUCGCUCCUGCCGCUGCCGAGCUUGUGGUGGAUGCUUUCCACACCUCCCGGCUCUGCUGCUGCACCGGCGCCGCUGGCACCCUCCCGAGAGGCCCCGCCGCUGUCCGCUGUGCCCUCGAGCCUUCCGCCAGAGCGCGCUGCGCUUCCAUCUGGCACGGGCGCACCCAUGGGGAACACCUACUGUGCCUGCUGACACACUCCACCGCUGCACACAGUGCUCUCGGGUCUUCCGCAGCGGCGCUGGACUUCGGAGCCAUUUGCGUGUCCACGCAGCCAGGAGCCCCAGUGACUCCACAUUUCGGCAGCCAGGUGCUCCGGACACACACCAGUGUGGUGUGUGUGGCAAGAGCUUUGGCAAGAGUUCCACGCUAACGCGACACCUGCAGACGCACUCGGGUGAGAAACCUUUCAAAUGCCCGGAGUGCGGCAAGGGCUUCCUGGAGAGUGCCACACUGGUGCGCCAUCAGCGCACACACACGGGCGAGAAGCCUUACGCCUGCGGCGACUGCGGGCGACGCUUCAGUGAGAGCUCCACGCUGCUGCGCCAUCGGCGCAGCCAUCAGGGAGAGCGGCCACAUGCCUGUGCCACAUGUGGCAAGGGCUUUGGGCAGCGCUCUGACUUGGUGGUGCACCAGCGCAUCCACACAGGUGAGAGGCCCUUCCCAUGUACUGAGUGCGGCCGCUGCUUCAGCGACCGCUCAGACCUCACAAAGCACAGGCGCACACACACAGGUGAGAAACCCUACCGCUGUGAGUUGUGCGGCAAGUGCUUCACAUGCGUCUCCAACCUCAAUGUGCACCGGCGCAACCAUGCUGGCCACAAGCCCCACAAGUGCCCUGAGUGUGGCAAGGCCUUCAGUGUGGGUUCCAAGCUGGCACUGCACCGCAAGACGCACCUGGGCGAGCGGCCAGCGGAAUGUGCAGAGUGUGGCAAAUGUUUUAGCCACAGCCGCUCCCUGUCACAGCACCAGCGAGCUCACAGGCGUGCUCAUGCCUCCACUGCUCCUGCUGCCGCUGCCACUCAGCCCAAGGCAGGCACUGCACUCAUAGUUGCUGGGCAAGCAGGACAGGAAAAGCCAGGGCUUUUUUUGCCUCAGUUGAGAGAGACUUGUUGA